AUGGCCAAGCAAUACACAAUUGUCAUCAAAUUGGGUACCUCGUCGCUUGUGGACGAGGUGACCAGAGAACCUCGGAUCGCCAAUCUUUCCAACAUCGUCGAAACCGUGGUCAAGCUAAGAAGAGCAGGCCACCGGAUCGUCGUGGUGCUGAGUGGUGCCAUUGCCUUUGGCAUGAAGAGAGUGAACACCCAGGAGAGACCCAAGCAGUUGGCUGCGUUCCAGGCUUUGGCGUCUGUGGGCCAGGGCAGGCUUAUUGGGCUUUUUGACGACUUGUUCAGACAGUUGAACCAGCCUAUAGCCCAGAUCUUGCUUACCCGAAAUGACAUCAUCGACUUUGCCCAGUACAGAAACGCUACGAAUACGCUUAAUGAGCUUUUGGCCAUGGACGUGAUUCCAAUUGUCAACGAGAACGAUACUUUGAGUGUGGCUGAGAUCAAGUUUGGCGAUAACGAUACGCUUUCUGCCAUUACUGCUGGUAUGAUUCACGCCGACUAUCUUUUCUUGAUGACUGACGUGGAGUGCUUGUAUAGCGACAAUCCAAGGUCGAAUCCAGACGCGGAGCCCAUCGUUGUGGUGGACAAGAUUGACGAUAUCGCCGUUUCCACUGAGGAAGAAACUGGCGGCAGCAAGGUCGGCACUGGCGGCAUGACCACCAAGCUUAUUGCCGCUGAAUUGGCUACCAACGUCGGAGUCACCACCAUCAUCACCUUGUCUACGCAACCCCAUUGUAUUUUGGACAUUGUGCUGAAUAUCCAGGACACCGACGAGAGCUGGACUCCGGCGCAGCAGGCCAAAUUUGUCGAGCAGGAAAUCGACAAUGGCAACAUUCCCUUGCACACGCGGUUCUUGGGUCUUCCUCGUGAUCAGCAGAUCCGGUCCGAUAGACGUUUCUGGCUCUUGCACGGUCUCAAGACCAAGGGUACCAUCUAUAUCGACCGUGGCUGCUUCCAGGCGCUUACCAGAAAGGACAGAGCUGGUUUGUUACCUGUGGGUGUGGUCAGCGUCGAGGGCAACUUCAAUGUCCACGACUGUGUCUCCAUUGAGGUCUUGCCUACCAGGGAAAGUGAUACCAGCGAGGGUGUCGAAGUGGGCCACUGCAGAGUGAACUACUCGAGUGCUGAAAUCGAAUUGAUCAAGGGCCAGCAGUCUGCUGAUAUUGAAGGCAUUUUGGGCUUUGCUGACUCGGAGUACAUUGCCCACAGAGACAACUUGGCUUUCCCACCUUCGCUCCCUACACCAGCAACUGAGUUGCAGGCGUUGAGCUUGGAUGAAAGUGACGGUGAAAAGGAGAAGAAGGCUGAACCUGCUUCUCAGCCAGCUGCCUAA